UAGCAGCAGAUGAAGGUGCCAAUUUUUUUUUCUUCCCCAAACUCUCCCAGGCGUGGGUUUUUGUAAUUGUGAUUUAUUUGUGUAAAAACUAUUAAAUGGGGUUGUAUAUCUUGAAAUGAAUUAAAAUGUAGGUGUUUGUAUCAGUUAGCUGUUGUUAAAUAGUACACCAUCCCCAAACUUGGUGGCUUAAACGGAAACCAUUUAUUAUUUUUCACAUGUCUAUAGGUUCUCAGGGCUGUUGUGCUGACCUGAAAUGGUUCCCCUGAUCUUGACAGGGUUGGCUUACAUGUCAGCUGGCCACUGGUGGGUUGGCUAGGGGUUGGCUGGUCUAGGUUGGCUCAUCUCUCACCAGUGGGCUUUUCCUCAUGUGACAUUUCACCCUCGAGCAGGAUAGCCCAGGACUGUCCUCAUGGUAUGGCAGGAUUCCGGGAGAGUAGAGCCACAUGACACCUCGUCUUAGAACUGGCUCUUGGUCACUUCUGCUACAUUCUAUUAGAAAAAAUAAAAGGCCAGCUCAUUUGAAAGGGCUGGGGAAAAAUUGACUCUAUUUCUUGAUAGCAACAAUUGAAAGUCACAUUAUAGAGGGCAUGGUUAGAGGGAGGGGUAGAAAAUUAGGAUCAUUUUUGCAACUGUUACAUGGCAGCAGUCAAUAUUAUCUUUCAAACUUGCCAUCUUUCAAAACUCUAUACGUUCCAGCGAUGUACCCACUACUUAAAAAAAAUUAGUGUCUUUCUCAGCAUCUGCUUGUAAGGGGGGUUAUAAGCCAAUAAAGAAAAUCAGUUCGUUCUUUAUAGUCAUCCACUUUAUUUAGCAUUCUUGAUUCUAGAUAAGUUUUGAUGAUUUUGAAAUAUCAAAUCAAUGAUAAAAGAAUUUCAAAAUUGACCUCCAUCAAGGCUAUUUAAAAGAAUGUAGCCCAGACUUUGAAAUCAAUCCAAGUGAAACAUUCUAAAAUGUUUAAAACUAAGGCAGUAUCACUGGGAUAAAUGGAGAGCAUGACAAAUCGGUUACUUUGAAGUGAUUAACUCUUUUGUGUGUUAUUUUUCUGGAGCAUUUUAAAAAGCCUUGCUUUAAAUUAGGUGGUAUAAAUAAAUACCUAUUGACUACAGAUAAAUUUGGGGAUGUAGUGUAUCUUAAUUAAAUAUCAAAUUAAUUUUUCUCCUAAAGGAGUUUAGUGUUGACUCUUAUGUUGUAAAUUGCAGCUAACUAACUGGAUUUUUUUCUUCGUUUUUCUAUUUAGAUGAUGUUUUUGGAGAGAGAGAAUAUGUUUAUACUCACAUCAUCCUAGUUCAGUGUUGCUAUCACAAGGACUUCUAGAAUCUAAUACCUUAGAUACUGCUUUUGGUGGCCUUAAAAAAAACAGUUUAUAUGAACUUUGUCUCCUAAAGGGAGUUGACUUGGGUUGUCCUUCAGGGAUGGUUAUAAAAGAAAUAUGUACCUAUAAAGUUAACCAAGAUUUAGUAGCAAAGAUUGUUUUAGAAUUUCCAUCAUCUGGCCAUAUAUGUUUGGAUCUAAAUCGCCUCAAAAUUGACAUUAGUGAGAAACUCAGGUGAUACAGACUCUGAAUACAUCUACUUUUUGAAAAAUAAAAACCUGCUUUAUUGGAAAGUACUAUUUUAAGUUAGCAAACAGGAGCAGAAAUCCCUAAUUCCUAGUAUCAGUGAUCCUGCUUACCUUGGGACAGCUUUAGUGAGCUCGUUCGUAUGAAAUGCCAGCACUCACGUUUAGGAGUUUUUCCAGUCCCAAAGUAGAGGGCAGAUUCACUUUGUCACUCAUUAGGAGAGUCUGUCUCCUUUUCCCUUGAACUUAGAGUUCAAUUUAGUGAAAGUCGAUAGACUGGAGGAAUGAGAGUAGAUAUGUCCACGUGAGACUUGGAAACCGGCCUAGAUGAAGGAUGCUAGAUCAGGUGCCUGGGUUAGAACUAUCAGUUGGAUGCGUGUUCCUGAAUGUGCUAUGUGUGUUUUACCCUGGCCCACUUUCUGUGCCACCCCUGGCAAGUUUUUCUGGGACUUUACAUUUGAGAUCAGUUGUAUGAUAGAUUGGAGAUGUGGAAUCUUGGAGUCUCAAUGUAUGGGCAGGUCAUUUAAUUUUCCUGAAUCUGUCUGAAUUUCCCCAUCUAUAAAACAGGCAUGAAAAUACCUAGUCACAGGUUGCUUCAUGAAUCAAAUGAGAUGCAGCAGUAUGAAUAACAGUUUUAGCUUAUGUUGGUUGACAACUUCCUGUGUGCUGGGUAUGAUGCUAAGGAUUUCACAGGUACUCGCUCAUGGCUCAAUUACUCAUCUCUGAAAUCCUAUUAUUUCUAUUUUACAGUUAAGGAAACUGAGACAGUCUAUGGAAACUCUUUGAAACCUCUAAAACACGUUAAACCAAUGUUUUCUGCGGAUACCAUGACAGUCACGGUGGUAUAUGAUAACUCUGAGGCAACCGAGCUCUGUGCAGCUCAGCAUCUCUACCUCAAGCCCAUAGCAAAGUUGAUGAUCAAUGUCUUGCUCCCGGAGAGUACCGAACCCAUGAGGCCCUUCUCUAACUGGGAGGUUCUUGACCAGCUGAAGAGCCUGAUUUGUCCUGACCAGUUCACCACAGUGCGGCUCUCCAAGAGCACGAAGGACUUUAUCCGCUUUGAGGGGGAGGCUGAAACGCGAAGUUUGGUGCAGAUCCUGAAGGCCAAGUUACAUGGAAAGAUCAUCAAGCUAAACGGUUUGAAAACUGACUUCAGAGUAGUGGCUACAGAUGCCCAGGGAGAGUGGGAACACUUCCCCCAGGAAAAGGGGACCCCAUCUGGUGAUGGGACUGAAGAGCAGGACCACGAGAAGAGCCCAGACUCUAUAUACUUUGAAGGCCUGCCCUGCAAGUGGUUUGCACCGAAAGGUUCCAGCGGGGAGAAGCCAUGUGAGGAGAUCCUCCGGGUGGUCUUUGAAAGUUUUGGGAAGAUCAAGAAUGUGGACAUCCCGAUGCUUGACCCCUACCGAGAAGUCAUGAGUGGUGGGAGCCUUGGGGGUUUUAGCUUUGGCUUACAGACAUUCGAGGCCUUUAUCCAGUACCAGGAGUCAACCGACUUCGUAAAGGCCAUGGAGUCCCUCCGAGGGAUGAAGCUGAUGCUUAAAGGAGAUGACGGGAAAGCUCUGGCAUGUAACAUUAAGGUUAUGUUUGACACAACCAAACACUUCAGUGAAGGAGCUAUAAGGAGGAGAAAUCAAGAAAGGCUAAAAUUACAAGAGCUGGAGGAAGAAAGGAAAAAAGAAAAGAAGAGAGAAGAGGAAGAGGCUGAAAGAAGGAGAAAAGAGGAGAGGAAAGCCCAGGAAAAGAGGAAAAGGGCCAGGAUCAGAAGGCACGCCCCGAAGAGAAGAGGCCGACACCGGCAAAGGAGACAGAAGGACCCGGCCCAAGCGGGGCAGGAGCCCGACUCCUCGGAGCGCUGGGAGGAGAGGAAGUACCUGCUGGCUCAGAGGCGGGUGGAGGCCCUCCGCCUGCUGCGGGCGCUCCUGAUAAACAUUGCAGGGUCCAUUCAGUUUAACCCACAGGAGGUAGAUGUUGCUGUCUCCAAAGCUAAUCGUGCUCCGGGGACCACAUCAGAAACUCUGAAGAAAGAAGAGUUAAACACUCAGUAUCUUCAAAAUCAGGAGGAAAUGCCAAGAUACCUGGCUUCCAAGUCAGACAAUAAACGAAAACAAAAAAUGAAGAAACGAGCUAGGGCUCACUUACAUAAAUCUUCCCACCACCUUGGGGAAAAAAAUCUAAGAGAUUCAGCUAGGAAAGAGAGAACUGGAAAAUUAUUAACCAGUGAAUACAAUUACAGUUUGGUCCCUGAGCAGAAUUCCUUGCAAAUUGCAAUGAUUCAAGGUCAGUCUCUUGAGAAAGAAGACCACCACGGUUCUAGUAAGUCCUAUUCUUCCAGAUUAUCUGAGAGAGAUCAUGGCAGGAAACAGAAGAUCUAUGAAACGGAUGAAUUUAUUGACUAUCUUUUAAACUAUUAUCAAACUCCAAAAUAUGCCCGUAUCUGCCUAGAACCAAGUCACAUAACAAGCACAUGUCAGUGGCAGAGGGCGGUCCACACUAAAGGAAGUGGAUUUCAAAUCAAUUUGAGAAAACGUAAGCAUCACUCAACCAGUUUGAGCCAAAUGCAAAACCUAGAUAGGAGAGAACAGGUUCAAGAAGAUGAUUCCUGGACAAAGGUUUGUACUCAGGAUCCUGAGCAUAAACCAGAAAAGAGAGGAAUAGUGGAUUAUGCCAAAGAAUGGACUAAGGAGUUUAAAAAUCAUUGCGAGGACGCAGCCAGUGAAGCUGGUGAUCAGCUGCCCACAACUGAUGAAAAGAUCCAUCUGUUGGAAAAGACUCAGGCUGACCAGGUCAAAGAUUCCACAUCCACACGUCAAAGCCAAGUUUUCUCACCCAACAGGUCAGCAGACUUAGAUUUGGAGUUGACAGAUUUCUUAGAGGAAAUUAGCAGUGAUUCUGAAUGUUUCAGUGAAAUUCUCAGCGUAAACAAAGAGGAGGAAGGGAAAUCUGUAGCCACAAAUGACAGCUCCCCAGAAAAGGGAUCUCUUGAUGCUAAUGAAAUCAUCAUUUGCAAUCAAGAAAUUCCGUCAAGUCAGCAGAUGUUGUAUUCAAAGUGGACCCAUGACGGGGAGGAAAAACACUGUAAAUACAAGCUUAGGAAACCAGGCAAGAGGUCUGAAUAUGAACUGAGCUUUUCACCCUCAUGGCUUGAGGGUGAAAACAAUCCCAUUAGAGACGAGAAGAGCAACAGUAAAAAGAGGGAAAUACUAGCCCCGAAAUGGUUGUCGGAUAAAGGCUACUAUCGAGAAUCCAGUUCCAGUGAUCUAUUAGACGAUGCCACAAGAAAGAGGAGGAGGUUCAGUGAGAGGACAUUUGACCAGCCAGUGAACUAUAGGCCCUUUCAUGUGCCAGUAGCAUCAUCCAAAAGUGCUAAUGCUUCCUAUGUGGGGAAUUUUCCCAAAAGAAGAGAGACACUGCGGAAGUCAGAAUAUAACCAGGAUGCAAGAAGGUUUAAAAGACAUGAGAAUUCUGAAGAUUUUAUGCUGAAUUCUGAUCAUUAUUACACUAGACAUAACACUCGGGUGCACAUUGACUACAGCAGCUCAUUAGGAAGCAACUAUGCUCGUUCUUUAUAUUUUCAAAUGUUUUGAAGGUCUGUUAGAUCAGGACACCCUUUUUCACAAGAAAAAAAUUGCAAGAAGAAAAUUUAAAACCAAAUACAGCUAUGUAGUUAGCAACUACAGAGCAGGAGAACGACACUUAAGAGCUUGAAGAAGGUCAAAGGCAAAAUCUUGUUUCUCUUGCCAAAGCAUAAAGCAUAGAUGAUCAAAGUGACUGCAGGUGUGUUGGCAAGCUUUGGAAACCCAAAACAGCCAGAUUCUGAAGCUGGGUAAAAACAAUGUGCUUGCAAAACUUCUUCAUCCAAGGACAGCCAUUUCUACAAUUCAAUUGCAACUUUAAUUUGGUGCCAGCAAAGGAGCAAAUUAACACAGAGAGGAGUUGAGAGCCCUCUGUGGCUCUUUGGCUGUCAUAAUGUUAUCACUUAGGAUCAUUUAUCUUCAAAGGGAACGGCAGUGAAUGAAUAAGGAUCUUUUUACAAGUUCUUUGAUUUGGUCAGAACACCAUGUGCAGCAACAAACUUUCCCGACUUUUAUCUAGAAAUACCUAUAGAAAAAAGGAGACGACAGCUAGAACAUGUAAUAGACAUCUUCAUGACACAGAGGGUUUCAUGAGCACCCAUCAGAAGGAAAUUAAUCCUAUUGAUAUGUUCAUAGUUCUCAAAGAGUUGUCCUUUUAGAAACAAGGCCUUAGAAGAAGAAUCUAAAAGGGGGCUCAGAUUGUCCUUGGAGGUUUAAACAGAUAGUGGACCAUCAUUAGCAGAGUUGUUUUUUUGUAAGAAUUCCAUGUCGUUCCAUCCUAGAAAAGCAACAAGAUUGAAGUAAUACAGUGUGGGAUUUGCAAAAGGAAAUAUUAAAAGAUCCUGGGGCACCAAUAAUGGCACUUGAGAAGAGAGGACAUGACAGUAUUCCAUUCCAGGCUAGGUAAUCCUUUCACUCAGGGUUGGGUGACAUCCGUUUGUAAAAAGCCACUGAAUAUCCCCAAACUGACUUUUAUAAAACAGUAACAAGUGCCUCCUCAAUCCUCAGUAAUGCCGUGGAGUUAGGAAGAGUCAAGGGCAAAGCCCUUAGUUUUCUAGCUGGGGAAAAAUUGUAUGUGUGCAGGAUUUGUAAACUCUUAACGUAAGUGAUUUAUCUUUUUACCUACUGGUUUUGGACUUCUUGAAUAUGUUUUUAAAUUGAGAUAUUUUCUAGAUUCGUAAAGACUUACAUCUUAACGCAGUGCAUGUUCUGUUGAAAGCUCGGCUGAUUCAUUCUGCCUUAUAUUGGAUUUAGGACCUCAGGGGCAGUAGAUGAACUUUUUUUUUUUCCAACAAAGCUAUAGCUGACUUGGCAAUUGAAGACAUCAAUCAGAUUAGACUGCCUGCAGCAGGAAAAGGUGAUUUUAAUCCACUAAAUUAGUGGGGGGCAACAUUUUCAUGUGACAUGAUUCAUUUCAAACAGUCUUAACUUGAUAGUCUGUAGAAAAGUACCCCUGGUAAAGCCAAGGUAGGUGCCAGUCAGUGUGGUUGACCAGAAUGAUGAGGCACGAUGUGUGCUCAUAACCAGCCUCUUAAGCAACCUGAUGUCUGAAGAGUCUAUAAAAUCUGAUUGAUUUAAAAGUAAGAGCCAUAAGUUGUUUCAUUGAUCUCUUCUAAAUCACGUUUAAUAGAGGUAUGCUAGUACAGGCAAAAGUUCAGCAAUGAAUGUAACAUAGCAGAUUAUGUUUAUUAUUGAUAUGAUAAUGACCAAUGAAUGAUUUGUUGGCUCUCUUAUAUUCAGUUCCACUUUCAAGUCAGUGACUCUGCCAUCAAAACCAGGUCUGGCUUGUCAAAUCUGAAAAAUCGCUCCUGGGGUGAGUGCCUUUUCUUCUCUGAGGAGUAGCGGUAACUAUUAAUGUUCAGCGUACUGUUGUCCGGAGUAGCCUUCUAAAUUACUAACAGCUUGUAUUUUGUCAGACAACUUUUGCUAACCAGGUGUUAUUCUCCUCCAGUGAGACCCCGCCUCAUUUUUUCAUGUUUCGUGCCCUUGAAACAAAGAACAUUAUGGGUUUGUAAUGGAAAGCAGCUAUGCUUGUUUUGAAAAACACACAAAAAAACUCAAUCUCUUCUGUCAUUUGAGAAUUUUUCUUUGCAGAGAUUUUAAGCAUGAAAACAAUUUGCUGCUCAGUAACCAGACAUAAAAAAUAAAUUGCAGAAUACAGCAUGUGCAAUUUAAAAAAUUGUUUUGUAUAAUAGAACUGGUGCUAAGUCACUUCUAUAUAAUAUUUUUGUCUCAUUUUGUUUGCUAAAUACCAUCCUGGGACCUAGAAGAAAGUAAAAAUACUGGUUUUAUGUUUACUUUCUGUACAACCUUGGAUUUUUGUCUUGGGUAAUGCAUUCUGGAUUUGAGUAAACCUCUUUUUUGUGUGUGUGUGUGUAGGCCUUAAAUGAGGAAGAGAACAAUUUAUUCUGAACUUUUCAAAUGAAUGGCUUAGUAAGGAAUGAAAUAGAGCCGAAAAUAUUGUAAUCACUUUCUGUUGAUUAACAUUGUUAUUCUUUGUUGUGCUGUUAUUUAAGUGGUGCAAAAGUCUCUUCUCAUAUCUUUUUUCUAUGUCCAAUCAAGUAAGGGAGAACUUUAAACUGUGUCUUUUACAAUAGGCGUUUCCAUGUUUUUCCUUGUUAUGUGCUGCUGAUAGUGCUUUAAGAAAGCUAAAAAAAAUCUGUCAAUGUGUUUUUGUUCAAUUUGUUUGAAUUUCUCAGGUAGAAAGCCAUGUAACCUGGUAAUUUGGAAAAUAAAAAUACAAAUAAAUGUAUUUUUAUUUGUUGGAAGACCAUUCAAAAUGUUAACUUUUAAAUAAAUGCUGAUAAUUCCACUUUGGUGGGGGGGAUUUCUAUCCAUAGGAGGCCGCUUUGCACUAAUGUUGCUAAUCCUUUUCCUCAUUUGCAUUGUUAGAGAAAAUACAUAUUUAAUUUUCAGAUAUAUUAAAAAUAAAAUUGUCAUAGCAA